GUCUCACGCUCCGAGAGAUACCGGAAGUGACGGACCUGACUGGUGUCACGCCAAAACAAGAGUCGUAGCGCGGCGUUCACGUCGCGUUUCAGUCCUUCACGCAACGAGACUGCGACAAUACGAUGGUGCGCGUUUACGUCCUGAACAAAGUUCAGAUUCGGAAGAUUUUGGCAACAUGGCGGCGUUGGUUCUUGGACGGAAAACUUUUCAAACUUUCAUGGCGUCGUGUUUCCACAGCUCGCCGGCCGUUGCUCAGCAGCCGCCGCUUCCUCAGUCGCACUUCUUCCCACCGCUGGAGGCGGCCAUGCUGCCGCCUGGAACCUUUCAGGACCGAGUGGCCUUCAUCACGGGGGGCGGGACCGGACUGGGGCGCGCCAUGACCACCACGCUUUCUCACCUGGGGGCGCAGUGCAUCAUCGCUAGCAGGAAGUUGGAGGUUCUGCAGCAGACGGCGGAUGAGAUCAGCAGUCGGACUGGAAACAAGGUCCAUGUGGUCCAGCUUGAUGUCAGAGAUCCUCAGGCUGUCACGUGUUGUAUGGAACAUGUGGAAAGUCUGACAGGCUUGCCUGAUGUGAUCAUCAACAACGCGGCGGGAAACUUUGUGUGUCCGUCGGAAAAUCUGUCGGCCAACGCUUGGAAGAGCAUCAGUGACAUCGUCCUGAAUGGCACUGCGUUCGUCACGCUGGAGCUGGGGAAGAGACUGGUCCGCAGCCAGAAAGGUGCUGCCUUCCUGGCCGUCACCACCAUCUACGCUGAGUCGGGUUCCGGCUUUGUGGUUCCCAGCGCUGCCGCUAAGGCCGGGGUCGAGGCGCUCUACAAGUCUUUGGCAGGAGAGUGGGGACGCUACGGGCUCCGCUUCAACAUCAUCCAACCUGGACCCAUCCGAACCAAGGGCGCCUUCAGCCGCUUGGACCCUACGGGGAAAUUUGAAGCCGGAAUGCUGAGUCGUAUUCCGACGGGUCGACUGGGCCGAGCUGCUGAAAUGGCCAACUUGGCAUCGUACGUGUGCAGCGACUACGCCAGCUGGAUGUCCGGAGCGGUGAUUCGCUUUGAUGGUGGCGAGUAUGUGAUGAUGGCGGGAGAAUUCAACGAGCUGCGCACGGUCACGGCCGAUCAAUGGAAGGUGAUGGAAACGAUGAUCAGGAGCACCAAAGGAGCCUAAAGAGCUUCCCGCUCUGUGAUGUCAUAGUCAAACUGAGCUUUCCCGUUUUUGUCAACAAUAAACAAAUGCAAGCAUA